ACACACACACACACACGCAUACACAAACUCCUGCAGUUUACCUACGCUUCUCCCAGAGAAACCGUGCAUGAAUCUCCCUCCGAACGGCCCCUGGACUGGUGGCUGCUCCAGGGACGUGUCCCCCUGUGUCCCGAGUCUGGACGGGAUCGUUGUGUUUAGUUUUGGUUUUUGCACAGGGGCACUUCGACAAAUGCUCACCCGAUCCUAGCUCGCUCCCUCCUGCGCUUGCUAUGAUCAAAUCUGUAAUUUCAGGGGUUAUUUUCGGCAACCCGCUUUUCACGGAGGAAGCUCUGCUGGGAAGAAGCCUCUGAAAAGCAGCCGCGAGUGGGGACGGCCCGGAGGGGCAGCUGUCAAGCUGACGUGCCGCUUCGCCUGCCCGUGGUAUGAGGCAGCGACCGGGGGGCAGCCCAGGAGUCCGGGAGGGCUGACCCUGCUCCCCACCUCGCCCUGCCUGCUUGGCUCUCGGGCGCGGGAGCGAUUGUGGGGAUCGCUGCUGGGGAGCAACAACAGGCUUCAAACUGAGCCUCAACUUAACGCAGCAGGGAUGGUAACACUACAGCAGCCUCCCCGGCGCUUCCAGGACAGCAGGAGAGCCAGGGUUUUGCUUGCCACUGUCUAAGGCCUGGAACUAAAAUGGAAUUUCUCACCUGGAUUUUGCCGUCCUUGGUUCUGCUGUGCACCCAGCAGCACCGAUGUAUCAGUGCAAUGAAUGACAUUGGAGAUUACACAGGCUCCAACAUAGAAAUAUCCUGGUUACCUAAUCUGGAUGAUUUAAUGAAAGGAUAUGCACGGAAUUUCAGGCCUGGAAUUGGAGGCCCUCCUGUUAAUGUUGCCCUAGCGAUUGAAGUAACUAGCAUUGAUCACAUCUCAGAAGUUAAUAUGGAAUACACCAUGACAGUAUUUUUGCAUCAGAGCUGGCGAGACAACCGUCUGUCUUACAACCACACCAACGAAACUCUGGGCUUGGACAGUCGGUUUGUGGACAAGCUCUGGUUACCAGAUACAUUCAUAGUAAAUGCCAAGUCUGCCUGGUUCCAUGAUGUGACUGUGGAAAACAAACUUAUCAGGCUACAGCCUGAUGGAGUCAUUUUAUAUAGCAUCAGGAUUACCUCAACCGUGGCCUGUGACAUGGACCUUACCAAGUAUCCCAUGGAUGAACAAGAGUGCAUGCUGGAUUUGGAGAGCUAUGGCUACUCUUCAGAGGAUAUUGUGUACCAAUGGUCAGAAAACCAGGAGGAGAUCCAUGGGCUGGAUAAGCUGCAGCUUGCUCAGUUCACAAUCACUAAUUACCGCUUCACGAGAGAAAUGAUGAACUUCAAAUCUGCGGGUCAGUUUCCCAGACUCAGUCUCCACUUCCACCUGCGGCGGAAUCGAGGUGUUUACAUCAUUCAGUCUUAUGUGCCUUCCAUCUUACUGGUGGCCAUGUCAUGGGUUUCCUUCUGGAUCAGCCAGUCAGCUGUGCCUGCUAGGGUGUCCCUAGGUAUAACGACAGUUCUUACUAUGACCACUUUGAUGGUCAGUGCCCGAUCUUCACUCCCACGAGCCUCUGCCAUCAAGGCGCUAGAUGUUUACUUCUGGAUUUGCUAUGUGUUUGUCUUUGCUGCUCUGGUGGAAUAUGCAUUUGCACAUUUCAAUGCAGACUACGUGAAAAAGCAAAAAGACAAGAUGAAGGCGAGCAGACAGAGUGGAGAGAUCAAUGUGAAGAAUGCCAUUGUUUUGUUUUCCCUUUCCAUUGCUGGUGUGAAUCAGGAACUGGCCAUUUCCAACCGGCAGCACCGAGCUCCCAAAACCCUACCUGGAUCAUAUGGCUCUGUAGAAGUCGAAACUGGAGAGACGAAGAAGCAGCAAAAAACUAAACUGGAGAAAAAGAGUGGCUUAAAGUCCCUCUUCAAGCCCAUUGAUGCUGACACCAUUGAUAUUUAUGCCAGGGCAGUGUUCCCAGCAGCCUUUGCAGCAGUCAAUGUUAUCUACUGGGUUGCUUAUACAAUGUAAGAACAAAAAUGUGCUCCCAAGAGGUAAACUGUGGGCCGGAAUUAUGCUCAGACAGUACAGAGUAACUGAAGAACCUGUAUUGGUCCAUUUCUUGUUGAAGUGCUUUCCAACGCGCUGAAGAUAUUUCUCAAAUGCAGCAGAGUGUUUCAUUUCUGUUUGAUUCCACAAUCAACUCCAGCUAAAACUGGGAGAGGGGAGAAUUGACCAUUAUCAAUUUGGUUUGAUAUAUUUGUUAUUACUAAACUCUGCCAAACAGUCCAAGGAUCCUUUGUUCCCCAUCUCAUCUUGAAACAAUUUGUCACAUGUACAUAUCUUCAGUGAAGGUGCCACCACCAAAUCCUAAAGCACAGUAGGAUAUUUUCCCUUUUCAAAGGUCUGCAGAUAACGAGGCUCUGAUUUUCCCCACACUCUUGGCAUCUCUUUUAUCACAGCACAGCUAACCUCAUGUUUUUACAUGGGAGUGACUUUUCUGUGUCAUGCCAGUUGUGUAACACUUCAAGUGUAACAGGGAUAGGAAAAUGGCAGUGAUCUCUACAGGUAGCAGAGGGUUUUUCUUUAAUUAUUAUUUGUCUUGGAUAAAGUAUUUAGAACACUUUUGAUUCUCUUCUUCAGUCACAGCAUGAAAUAAAAUAUAUUGUAUAGAAUCUAA